AUGGGUUCUACUUCACCACCCCGCGAGAGCAGCAAGCUCUUCACGCCACUCCGUCUCGGAACAAUGAAUCUCGAACAUCGAGUCAUCAUGUCGCCGAUGACGCGCCUGCGCUGUCCUGGUAGUCUGCCGACUCCCAUGGUCACAGAGUAUUAUACUCAGAGGGCGACGAAGGGAGGGCUGCUUAUCACUGAAGGCAUGCACCCGAGUUUUAUGGGUGGAGGUUUCUACGGCGUACCGGGCAUGUUUGCGCCUGAGCAUGUGAGAGCUUGGAAGAAGGUGACGGAUGCUGUGCACGCUAAGGGUGCUUUCAUAGCGUGUCAAUUGUGGCAUGUUGGACGAUUUGCAGUCUCAGUCUCUCUGGGCGACCGCCAGCCCUUGAGCUCUUCCGCAACCAAUGUUGGCUAUUUCAAUAGGAACACGCGCGGAGGGGUCCAAUAUCCUCAUGAGACAGCCAAGCCGAUGAUAUUGCAGGAUAUCAAGGACACAAUUGAUGAUCAUGUGCAUGCUGCUAAAUGUGCGAUUGAGGCCGGGUUUGAUUGUGUUGAGAUUUCGUCUGGCAAUGGGUAUCUGCUCGACCAGUUCCUCAAUACCAACACCAACCUCCGUACUGAUGAAUACGGCGGCAACAAGGAGAACCGAGCUCGACUCACGCUCGAAAUCCUCGAUGCGGUGAUUGCCGCUGUCGGGGCAGCUAGGGUGUCAAUCCGAAUGAGCCCAUGGGGAACGGUUUGGUUGCCAUUGGACACGGAUCCUAUCGCGAACUUCCGGUAUGCGCUGAGCGAAGUCGAGAAGCGAGGAGUCGCAUACGUAUGUCUCACUCAGCCGCGGGCCGAUCUUCUACUGGAAGAGAAGACCAAGACCGAGAAUAUGUACGCAGCUAUUAGGGAGGGGAAAGUGGCUGCUACGGUCGAGGAUCUCCAUCUCAGACACUUCUUGGAGGUGCUGAAGACAACCCCAGUAUUGACCAACGGCAAUUACAAUGGCGAGAAUUGCUUUGAGGAGGUGGAAAGGAAUGAGGUAGAUGGGAUCACGUUUGCGAGGUGGUUUAUCAGUAAUCCAGAUCUGGUGGAGAAGCUUAGGCUAGGGAAGAGACUGACCAACUGGAACAUGGAGACCGUUUAUGCGAGUACCGUUGAGAUUGGGAGUGAGAGUGUGGGGUAUACAGAUUAUCCUUUUGGAGAAGUUGAGGAAGAGGAGGCAGCAAAGUGA